GAAGAGAAGUCAAUGGAGCAUGAAAAACAGAUCCAACAACUGUUAGCUGUUUGUAAGUAUAAGAGCACAAACAACCCAACUACUUCAGGAGUGAGGGUUCAGGGACUAGGUCCACUUCAGAUGUUCUUAGCUUUGACUGUUCUCAGGAAUGCCAUCAGAGGAGUUGGUCCGAGGGGUGCUCUACUUGUCCCUCACCGUUGUGGGAGUCCCAGGUAAUGCUAGCGUCAUCCUGGCAUUCCUUCUCUUGCUUUACCAGGAGAACCGCCUCCUCCCAGCUGAUGCCAUCGUCCUGCACCUGGCCUGCGUCAACCUGCUGGUGGUGGGUGUUCGCUGUCUGCUGGAGACCCUGGCCUCCUUCAGCCUGACCAGCAUUUUUGGAGACCUAGGCUGCAAAUCUGUCAUCUUCGUGUACAGAACAUCCCGUUCACUCUCAAUCUGGAUCACCUUCCUCCUGAGUACCUACCAGUGCCUGAGCAUUACCCCUCCCGGCUCUCGCUGGGCUUCCAUCCGCACCUUGUUGGCCCGCUAUUUGGGCUUUAUAUUCCUUUUCCUCUGGGUGCUCAACAUCUGCAUGAGCUCAGCAUCCAUACUCUUCUCAUUUGGCACCAAAAAUGAGUCCAGCCCAACAAUCCAUGGCAUCAACAUACAAUUCUGCUAUGUAAGUUUUCCUUCAAAGUUGUCCAAAGAAGCAAACGGGAUAGCUCAGGUGGUCCGGGAUGUGGUUCCCAUGGCCCUCAUGACUUUAGCCAGUCUGAUUAUCCUAGUCUUUCUUUACAAGCACAGCCAGCAGGUGAAGGGGCUCCGCAGCAGCAGUGGUGGUGGGGGUGGUGCCGAGCAAAGAGCUGCCAAAGUUGUGGUAGCCCUUGUGAGCUUGUAUGUGGUUCUUUAUGGGGUGGAUAAUGGACUUUGGGUGUAUACUCUCAGUGUGAGGGAGACCAUGCCUUCCUCACUGAUCUCUGACCUGCGCAUAUUCUUCUCCUCACUCUACGCAGCGCUAAGCCCCAUGGUCAUUAUUGCCUCUAACAGGAAGGUGAAUGGCAGGUUGAGGUGUAUAGUGCAGGAUAAGCCUGUUCAUGAGAAAGACACAAGUCUUACUAAUAUGUGAUGCAUGCUGGGAUUACGGGCAGGUCAGCAGAACAUGAUGGGGCCAACAUGAUGAGGAUAAGUCUUUAAGUGUGUCAUUGUGCCUUUGUGUAACAUGUUUGUGAUAACAAUGGCGGGAGUUCUAUCUUCCCUGUGUGGUUAUGAUUCAUAGCUGAGAAGCUUUUAUAAAAAUAUAUUUCUUGCUCAUGAGACUUUCCAGAUAUGAU